GGGGGGGGGGGGGGUGUUUUAAGCACAUCGAUGCCAACACCUUGUCUACCGCCUUCGGUCUGUACAUCACUCCUUCAAUGUUUGUGCUCUGUGUUUUUUUUUUUUUUAGCCUCGACAUCAAACUUGAAUAAGCGCUUCAUGAAAACCAUGACUAAAACAUGGCGCCUCUUUCAUCCGAGGGUUUGUCAUUGUAACAAGAGCAAGCGGGGGCCCGCUCCUCCCUCUUCCCCCCUAGGGAAGGAAGAGACGGUGCCGUUACCACUACAAUGGGUUUCGCGAUGGGACCCGUUCUUUUUGCGCAUGUAUUCUAUCACGAUUAGACAGAUCUAUUGCUCCUCCCUCCUGUCCCCUUCCCCCAGCCUUUUUACAUUAUACCAUACUUUUGGACGCCUUGGCCAUCUUUCUGCCAUAAACAACAACAACAACCAUUUUACAUUCUGACAAAUGCUAUGAGUGCCCCUCCCACCUGUUUAAUCUGGCUCUGAAAAAUAUGCUGGAUGAUGUACUUUAGCGUAAAAAAAAAAACUGAUGCGUUCUGCAGGGUAUCGACAGAGCUUUUUUUGUUGAUUGUUUACGCCUUUCAAGAAGAAGAAAAAAAAGAAUGCGGCAAAUGGCCUGCCCAUGUCCUCAGGAACCGGCGAGAUGAGAGGGUUCAGGUUGGUAACUACCCGUUCAUUCGUUCGUUCGUUCGUUUCUUUCUUUCUUUCUUUUUUUUU